UGCUGGAGGGAGACAACUGCGUGUUUGAUGGGAUGAUCUAUCGCAACGGGGAGACGUUCCAGCCCAGCUGCAAGUACCAGUGCACCUGCCGAGACGGGCAGAUCGGCUGCCCGCCCCAAAAAAAAAGCCCCGACUGUCCUUUCCCCAGAAAAAUCGAAGUCCCUGGAGAGUGCUGUGAGAAGUGGAUCUGCGACCCUAAAGAUGAAGUGAUUUUGGGAGCCUACAGACAAGAGGCCACACUCGGUAUCGAUGUGUCGGAUUCAAGUGCCAACUGUAUUGAGCAGACAACAGAAUGGAGUGCUUGUUCCAAAAGCUGUGGAAUGGGCUUUUCCAGCCGCGUUACCAACAGAAAUCAACAGUGUGAGAUGGUGAAGCAGACACGGCUUUGCAUGAUGAGACCUUGUGAAAAUGAAGAGCCAUCUGAUAAGAAAGGGAAGAAGUGUAUCCGAACAAAGAAGUCCCUGAAAGCUGUUCGCUUUGAGUACAAGAACUGCACUAGUGUGCAGACGUACAGACCUCGUUACUGCGGCCUCUGCAGUGACGGGCGGUGCUGCACCCCGCACAACACCAAAACCAUUCAAGUGGAGUUCCGCUGCCCGCAGGGCAAAGUCCUAAAAAAGCCAAUGAUGCUGAUCAACACCUGUGUCUGUCAUAAUAACUGUCCUCAGAGUAACAAUGCUUUCUUCCAGCGCUUAGAUCUGACGUCUAGUGAAGCAAAAAUGUGAAAAGUGUAAAUUAGGUAAUGCAAAAAGUAUAAAUAGUUUAUACAAAACUUGACCCACAAUCAGGUGAAUGUAACAAUUGCAUAUGUAAAAUAUCUAAGGUGUUUUUUCAAAACAGUCUAGGCGCUUUUUUUUUCCCCUGUAGUUUAUUAAAUACCUCAUUUUACAUUUUCCCCCUCCAAAUGUCUCUUAUUCACUUGAAAGAAAUUUUGUACCUUGGACAGAGCCUUCUCUUUUUCUUGACGAUGGCAUAAAGAUUACAAAGCGAACGGCUGGGCUUUCUCCUUGAUUUAAGGGGUUCAUGCCACAAGCUCUUUAAGAGUAAAUGGAUUCCUUGGGGAAUGCAUGA